CAUCAACAUGGUAGAGCAGGGUAAAGAAGACGCUACCGACUUUCAUCCGGCGCCAGUUUGGCUGGAUGAGCCGUAUCUGGAACGACUGUUGAAGGAUCUAAAAAAGGAUCAGGGCCUGAAGAUCACAGAUCUUGAAAUUAAGCCCGCCACUGCCAAAGGUGAUAAUUAUGCCAGUGUAAUGACACGUGUGAAGAUUUUGUACUUGAAAAGCGGUGCUAAAAGCCCUGAGACUGAGUACUAUAUUGUGAAGACCACGUACGAAAACGAUGCCUUUGCCUCUGGCAUAUUCUCCCAGUACCAGGUCAGCACCACUGAAAUGCGAAUGUACGAGAAAAUCCUUCCCCAGUUGACGUCCCUCAUCACCAAGACUAGCCAGCCUGAAAAACUCUUCGCUGAAACUUUGCAUGUUGACUAUGAGCACGAGGCUAUAAUCUUUGAAGAUCUCGGUGUGUCCAACUAUGUCCUAGCCGAUCGACUCAUUGGCUUUGAUCUGGAACACACCCGUUUAGCACUCCGUAAGCUGGCCAAAAUGCAUGCCGCUGCAGCUGUUUUGAACGAACGUCAACCCGAAGUUCUGACCAAAUUCGAUCAUGGCAUCUUCAAUCGCCACACUCGAGGCUUUGCGCCCUUCUUUGUGAAUAUGGUGGGCGUAGCGUCGGAUUUUGCCCGUGAAUGUCCAGAACUGGGUGAGCACUAUGCAAAGAAGUUGAAGGAGCUGCAGAAGCGUGUAAUGGAGUACACCGAAAGAGUCUACGAUCCUCAGCCUGGUGAGUUCAACACCUUGGUGCACGGUGAUUACUGGGUAAACAAUGUGAUGUUGCGCUAUGGAGAGGACAAGAAGCCCCUGGACAUGACCCUGAUCGACUUCCAGUUCUGCAGCUGGUCCUCGCCGGCAGUGGAUCUUCAUUAUUUCUUUAACACAUCAGUACAGAGCGCCAUUCGUUUUGAGCAACAGGAUGAACUGAUUCAGUACUAUCACUCAGUACUCGUGGAAACGCUUAAGGAUCUCAACUUUGGUGGCUACACUCCCACGUUGAGGCAGUUUAUCUUGCAGCUGGAAAAGGGUAGAUUCUUCGCCGUCACAGUAUCCCUGGUCUGCCAGGCCAUAUUGACUAACGACCAGACCGCCGAUGCCGACUUCAAUGCCCUGAUGAAGGAUGACGAACGAGGUCGUAACUUCCGAAAAGUUUUGUACACCAAUAAGAGAUUGCAGGAUAAUCUCAAGCACAUGCUGCCACGCUUCGAUCGAAGCGGUCUACUAGAUGUAACCGACUGAACGGGACUAAUCCUUUAUGAGUGAUUCUCUUUUUAUCUUUACAAUAAAUAGAAUAUAUAUAUAAAAUAAAGUUUUAAUUUUGAACAUCAAA